AUGUUUGCUCAAUCAAAGCCUCCAAGCAUCGCCAUAGCUAAGAGGCGUCUGUUUCAAUUGAACUCAAUCCUUAGAAUGUCAACUGAUGUCCGCUUUCAUGUCGACAAUAAAGCUCGAGUGAUCUCUCUUAACAGAUCAGCCAAACUCAAUGCUCUCUCCACAGACAUGUGCCAUCAAAUAGUUCCCAGAUUAUUAGAAUAUUCCAAAUCUGACUCCAACAAUCUGAUUGUGCUACGUUCAGAUGAACCUAGGGCAUUUUGUUCUGGUGGUGAUGUGGUCCAGUGUGCCAAAGAUAACCUGGCAGGCCAGAUCGCCCGUUCAGUUGAAUUCUUCACCGCUGAGUACAACCUCAACUAUCUCCUGGCAACCUUCAACAAACCGAUUGUCUCUUUGGUGAAUGGUAUUGUUAUGGGAGGUGGUGUUGGACUAUCGGUUCACGGACCCUUCAGAGUUGUUUGUGAAACCACUCGUUUUGCCAUGCCCGAAACCAACAUAGGGUUUUUUCCUGACGUCGGAACUUCUUUCUGGUUGUCCCGUCUAGACGGUAAUUUAGGCUACUAUUUGGCGCUGACUGGUGACGAAUUGCAUGGUUUUGAUUCCUUGAUCGCUGGAUUUGGUACUCAUUACGUCCCCUCUCACCGUUUUGAUGCGUUGUUGCAACGUCUGGCCAACAUAGAGCAGUUCAAAGAAGACAAAUCUCCAAAGGAAUUUUACAGCAUGGUCGACCAAGCUAUUGAAGAUUUUGUUGAACCAAUUCCUCAAGAUUACAAGUUCAAAUUUUCUCCAGAAGAACUCAAUACCAUCGAAGCUGCAUUCGACCCUAAGGCCAACCCUUCCGUUGAAUCUGUGAUCAGUGCUUUGGAAGCCGACGGUUCAGAUUUUGCUUUGAAGAUUGUCGAGACUCUUCAAUCGAAAUCGCCAAUCUCCUUGAAGGUUGCAUAUGAACUUCUACAAAGAUCUGCAAAAUCUAAAAUUUACGAAGCUAUUUCCAACGAACUGGUUCUAGCAAACAACAUGAUGACCGGAGUUGAACCUAACGACUUCAAUGAGCGUAUCCUCAAGAACCUGAUCAAUAGAAAGUCUACUAAUCCAGAGGACAAGAUCAUCAAACCUGCUUUCAAGACUUUGCAGGAUAUCCCAGAUGAGGUAGUCGAUAACCUGCUGAAGGGUAGCGCUGCAUCUACCUUGGCUAAACCAUCUUCUUCUUUGAAGGAGGGAGAAGACGGCAGCUCCGAGGCCGACGUUCUCGCCAAUGCUAGGAUUAAUCAGUUCUUUGGUGUUAACUACGACCAGUAUCCUUACAACCACGGACUUCCUACGCAAUUGGAAAUUGAGAACUAUGUUACUGGUAAUGACAACUCCAAUAGACAGUACAGUGUUACCAGAGACGAGGUAUUGAAGUACUUCGACAUCAAGUACAAGGACAAGCUGGGAGUCAGCUUCAAAGUGCAGAACGUUCUAGACCGCAAGACCAAGAGUUCCGAUUAUGGAGAACAAUACCUCCAAUGGAUCUAA